AUGCCACAACUUCGUUCAUUCACUUUUUAUAUUUGUACUUAUGUCAAUCUGGUUACUGUACCCUACAAGUUAUCUAGUGAAGAUAUUCAACUAACAUUAGCAAAUAUUGGAGAACAACAUGUUAGUAGUAUGGUCAAUUAUAUUACUAGUAUUGAUAGUUAUGUUUAUAUGGUUAGAACUGCAUGCUCAAUUUUCUCACUUCCUUUUGGAUUUGAUCAUCUCCAAGAUAUUGGCAAUAACUUUCCAAAUAUUGUAUUUAGCUAUGUUACCUAUUUACUUAUAGAAGAUAUUAUGCCAUUCGAACAUGAAUUCUUCAUGCGAAUUGCCCGAUCGUUUCCGUUACUCAAGCAUUUAUUUAUUCGAAAUAAAGCAUCACAAAAAUUGGAUGGUCUUAUGACAUUUUCAUCUGACAAUUGUCAGUUCCAAUCUAUUAUUGAAUAUCCUCACCUGACUAUACUUGAUGUCAGAUUUGCACAUCGAGAUUAUGUUGAACAAUUUCUAAUUGAAACAAAGACACUUGUACCUUGUCUGACGGAAUUGGAAGUCUUUGUUAAUCAUUUAAAAGCUGUAACAGAAGACUUUACAAGAAAAGAAACACGACGCAAUUGUGCGAAGGUGACAAAAAUAACUUCGACAAAUCCUCCAGUGGUACAUUCGGAAGAUUUAUGUCGUUAUUUUCCUUCUUUGUAUAAAUAAAUGUAUUCUCGUUUUUUUUAUCUAAUAAACUGAAAAACAUGAUACAUUUUGUAUUUAUAGUCUAAUUAUGCUUCUCAAAUAUAUAGAAAUAUCAACUAUAAUUAAUGAUCGUUUCUCAGUUUAUAAUAAACAAAAAAUCAUACAAUACAACAUUAUCUGAUGUUGCAGAGUAUAUGUACAUUGAAAAAUAAAAAAAGGAGCUUGAGGCAAAUCAAAAUUGAAUUGAAAUUUAUUUUUUCCUAAAUAGAAUCUUGUACAUGACUAACUUAUCUCAACCAAAGAUAAAAAAAGAAGAUAUGUACGCUAUUCGUCAUUCAAUUGAUCGUACAAUAAAAGCUUUUUAUUUAAUAUUUUAAUCAACUCUUUCUUUUAUUUUUUGAAGU